AUGGAUCACCCUGCGACCGAACCAGCCGCUCAGGCGCAAAACGACAGCGCCAACGCCAACCCCACCAUGCCCACGCCAGGAAAUGUGCUUCCAACAUCAUUGCCUCAGAUAGCGGUACCAUCACCGACCAAGCUGAUUCACUCGCUCGUAAUAGACGCCAAUGCGAUCAUCAAGAACGAUCCGACGGUAUCUACGCUACUUGCACAGGCCGAAGAGCUUUACACCAUUCCCGCUGUGGUCUCAGAGAUUCGCGAUGAGGCAACGAGAUCCCGGUUUCAGACGACCCUAUCACCCUUCCUUAAACUCCGAACACCCCGCCCCGAGUCUGUCCAGUUUGUCACAACUUUCGCGCGAAAGACUGGUGACCUCCAAGUCUUGUCGAAACCCGAUAUCCACCUCCUUGCGUUAACGUACGAUUUGGAGGUCGAGAGGAAUGGGGGAGAUUGGCGAUUGCGGCGAGAACCGAACCAGAAAGGAGUAAAUGGCAAGCCACCCGGGAAGACGGAGGAUGGUGCCGACGGGCCAACAAACAGCGUGGCGGAAACCACACCUAAUACGGAACAAACAUCUGCUGCUCCUGAGUCCGAACCUUCGAGCCAACAAAAGGAGGCCGCACCAACAGCGACAGAUGGAGCCCCCUCCACCGAUGAGGCCACGACAGACUUGGUCGCGGAAGAGCUGGAAAAUGUCACUCUGGACGAGACUGCACCCGCAGAAAUUACUGCAGAAGAUGAACCGUCAACGGAGGAGGACGAGGAUGACGGAGCUGGGGAAUGGAUUACCCCGAGCAACAUCAAGAAAUACCAGGCACGCGAAAACGCACACACAGAUCCCCAGCUGGUACAACGGGUGCUGCAGUCCGCCUUGAUCACGGGCGAUAUGGCAAUGCGGAACGUAGCGUUGAGGAUAAACCUGAACCUCCUGGACUCUGGGUUCUCCCGCAUCACCUACCUAAAAACAUGGGUCCUGCGUUGCCACGGCUGCUUUAAAGUCUGCCGAGAUAUGUCGAAGCAGUUUUGCCCCUCCUGCGGCCAGCCUACCCUAACGCGGGUUUCGUGCAGCACCGAUGCCGGCGGUAACUUCACCCUCCACCUCAAGAAGAAUUUCCAGUAUAACAACCGCGGGAACGUCUUCAGCAUACCCAAGCCGACUCAUGGUUCGGCGAGUGGGAAGGGCAACACUGUUAAGGGCGGGGGCAAGAAUGGAUGGGGAAAGGAGUUGAUCUUGGCCGAGGAUCAGAAGGAGUACACUAAGAAGUUGGAUGAGGAGCGCCGGUUGAAAACGCGCGAUAUCAUGGACCAGGAUUAUUUGCCGAGCAUUUUGGGGGGCGCAAGAGCACCAGGGAAUGGCAGGAUCAAGGUUGGUGCAGGGCGGAAUGUUAAUUCUAAGAAGCGGAGGUGA